UAAAAUGAAGUGACACGCUGUCAGAUUACGUUCUCAAAUAAAACGUUUUGGUCCAGCCUCAUCAGUCACUAUAAUGCCGCUGCAGCAGAGUCCUGUGUGGCUUCCCACCGACCUCAAUGUCACCAAAAGAUGUAUAAUGUACAAACUGCUCGUCUUGGAGGACGCCAGGAAUACACUGGACAAACAACUACGACAUUUAACCGAAAAGGCCAACGUGGAAGUCCGAAGCUUCCUGAGCGCGCCUCAUCCUAUCAAUGUGCUGGACAACCUCGUCAGGUCUUUGGACGCUAAAUGUUACGCCAUUGAGAAACUUUCAACUGCACUCAAAAACCUGACGACCGAUCCACAAUUCAGUGCCCCAGCUUCCACCAGACCGCUAAACAGCCUGUUGCAGCCAGCGCUAUCCAGAGACCGAGGCAUCAUGACAUCGUCGGACGUGCUGAAGUUUGGUCCCAUGCUGCAGAACGUCCUCAUGGCCGGCUCCAUCACCAAGGCAGUACAGAUGCUGGGAGCCUUGCCUGCCCUACAGCAACUCAAACUCUUCUGCUCCUCUUCCUCUUCUCAAGAUGAAGACUUCCAGAAGGAUCAGGUCUUUAUAUGCAGCAUCUCCUCCUCCAGCAAUGUGGCAAAGCUCCCAAUCCCCAGCUCCUCAACCAGCGUAGCCAGUCUGAAUCUGACCAAAGACAAUGGGAUCUUUAUCUCCAAAGAGAAGACACCGCAGCAGCCAAAUACAACGACGGUUACAACCACUCAAAUCAAACAAACACCUGGAGCAACAGAUCUAGACCUACCUGUCCCAGGUGAGCUCCUCUCAGGGUUCAGUAACCCAGCCUACCAGAUGACAGCCCUGGCUCCUCCCCCUCUAGAAUCAGGAAGUGACACCAGAGUGCAGCACCAGAAGCAAACUUCCUCUCAGCUCAUGCAAUUCCUGCGAACCAAUUGCAGGAACGAGCCGUUCAUGGAGUUGGCCGCUUUCUUCCAACACCAGCUACUACCAGUACACCUCUGA